GGAUUCCGCGAAAUUGUUUCUUGGAGUUGAACUAAGUGCUGCUCUCAGUAAAAUAGGACAAGUUGACGCGUGUGUGGGAGUGCACAGAAAGGCGGACACAAUACCUCUGUCGGUAAACGCUGUGUUUUUGAUUCGUUCGUUAGAAGGAUCUAGAGGAAGAAAGAGAAAGGAGGAACCGACGGACAGUUAGGUUUUCCUGAGUGGGGCGUUUAUUUAUCCGCCCUGCAACCUCAACAAGAAAACGCAAUCUGUGCGGAGUAGUCACAUUGAAGACGACACGUGUGGAUGAUUAACCGCAUGUUUCCUGGGAGGACUGCCGACUGACUACUGUAUCCGUUUUACCGGAUAGUUUUUAUUCGCCUUUCUAGAUACAUUGUUUUCUUUUCUCCUCCCGGCUCUGCUUCGGGGCUCGUGAUGUCGGAGGUCGAUGUCUCUGCAGACUGCGUCCCCAACCGACCACCGGGGCGGACAGAGGACGUACUGAAAGAGAGCCAAGAAAACAGGACUUUACUGAUGGUGGCGAGAAUUUUACUGGACUUGAACAAAUACAAUCCCAACGCCGUCAGCGCUGGAGCCAGCAGAUGUCUCGGGGGCAGCGAGGCCGGCACGCAGGAGAAGGCGGAGCGGGGGAGUUGGCUGAACGGGGGGGACAGCCGCGGCUCUCCGGUCAACCAAGCCAAACGUCCCCGGAACAAGAAUGCCGCGGUGAGACAGCCGUCUUCCGAGAAGAGACACUGCUGCCCCUUUCCUGACUGUGGGAAGAUGUACGGGAAGUCGUCCCACCUUAAAGCCCAUCUUCGGGUCCAUACCGGUGAGCGUCCCUUUGAGUGUACCUGGGCAGGCUGCGGCAAGAAGUUCUCUCGAUCGGACGAGCUCACGCGUCACUAUCGCACGCACACGGGCGAGAAGCGCUUCAACUGUCCGAUGUGUGACAAGUGCUUCAUGAGGAGCGACCACCUGAAGAAGCACGCCCGGCGACAUCCAGGCUUUCAUCCUAGCAUGCUCCAGGACUCCAGCGUGGCCAAGAGACGGCGCUGCUCCGUGUCUGUGUCUUCCUCUGAUUCUGGAGACCUAAGCCCCACCGGGGUGUGAGACACACCCACAUACUGUACAUGUACGCAUGAAGGUACAUGCAGCACAUACAUACACAAACACAGACACACCCGCAUGUGGCAUCUGUAACUUUAUACAAAUCAUAUCGAGCCAGACAACCAGCCAGACUGCGAUUCAGAGUUUACUACACAUGUAACAACUGCAUACAACACAAACCUGACUGUAAUCACACUAGAACUUCUCUUCUUAUUCCUUGAGGUGAUUCUUAUUCAUUAAGGGUUAUUUCACGGAGGUCCAGUUAUUUUGCAAUUUGUAAUUAUUUUAUUGUGUGUUGUCAAACUUUUUUUUUUCUAAAACAAUCUGCCAUCCAAGUGGAAUCCACGUAGAUAUACAGUUUUUCAAAAACACUACAUGAGUUCACUUUGCAUCGCAGACUUCACUUGCAAAUGAAGAGAAGUACAAGAAUGCAAGUCUGCAAGUUUGUGACUGAUAGCCUAGUGCGCCAAUAAGUUCUAGAAAUAGUCCUUUAAUGAAUGUCAUUAUUGCACACAUAGACUUAUGCACACUUGAACAGUUGCUUUUCAGCCCAGGAUAAUGCAAAUGUACAACACAGCAGUAUUAUCAUGUAAAUAGAGUAAACAAAGUUCAGACUGGUGAGAUACUCACUUUAGUGUAGUUACAUGUUAUUAGAGAGUAAUAAGAAAAGCUAUAAUACAGAGAAAUAUAGAGCCUGUUUAUUUAAUUUCACAUAUUUUGUUAUGGACUUCAGGUGUAAUCAGGUGUGCUAUGAGCUUGUAGGUAUAAGCAUUGGGUUUCCUGUGUUGAAAUGCAUAUGUUGCAAAUAUAUACAUGAAUAUACCUUUAUAGUACCUUAGCAAGCCCAUAAUACACAAGUGAAUCUCAACAUUUGUGUUGUUUCUUUGCAGUGCUUGAAAACAUGACAGGGUAAAACCUUUUAGAAGAUAAAGUGGUAACUUGUUCACUUGCUGUUGAAACACGGGACAAGUGUUCUAACCACAGUGAUUUAUGUUUAGUAAAAGUGCGUGCCUUUCGAUGGUUUGGUGGCAGAGGGGAAUUUCUACAUUUUCAAUACUACCUGAAUUAAUGUCGUCAGAUUCUUUAUGUUGCUGUUCAUUAAUACUUUAAAGCUCAACGACUGUCUAUAAAUGCCAAGAGUGCCAGUUUUGGUUGGACUGCAUUUUAUCAGGGAAUAAUAUGAUGUGUGGUCACACGACCUAAAAUUACACCCCCUGGUGUUGACAUGGAAGCACAACAUUUUUCACAGCACAGAGUCCUUUUAAAAAAAAAAAUCGUAUUGUUUGUCCUACCAUUUGAGGAGUGCUUUCGUGAUUAAUUUGAAUGUGAGCCAAUGAAUUCCAUCAUGUAGCAUGUUUGUAUGUAUUUCUUUGGUACAAUGUAUGUUUUAUUUGUCUGGGAAUCUUUUAUAUUACAGAUGGAAUGAGAGGUCUUAUUAAGUCACUGCAGGAGCCAGAUUCAUUAUUGAUGUCAUUAGUUUUCUUUCAUACUUGUCACACGAUGCAUUCAAAUGUUCAAAUACAGUCUGUAGCUUGUAAAAUACAAACUAUGUACAUUUGUGAAGUGAAAUGCUAUGUUUUCUUUCUUUUCUGGCAUUAUGAUGACUGUGAUUGGAUGUUGGUGCCUUUCAGGUUGAAGCCGUUACUUCUGAUGCUACUGUACUGUAAUCAGGGACUGUCAAUGCAAAUCCCAUGCUAUUGCAAUACACAUAGCUAUGUAAUAAUUAUUGCU